GCCAGCGGACUAGCUAAGCAGACGCGCUACCCUUAGCAAACCGUAACCCCAGCCCAUUAUCGGGUCUUUAUAAAACGUUCAGUUGCAUUCGCGACGAAAUUCAAACGCGUGCCAGAAACCGCGAGUGCAAGAACAAAAGUUAUUCUUAUUUCACCAAAUCUCUACUAGAAACCAAAGAUCAAUUUUAAAAUGAGCCAUCACUGGGGCUAUACGGAAGAGAACGGACCCGCACACUGGGCCAAGGAUUACCCGCAGGCAUCCGGACAUCGUCAGUCGCCCGUGGACAUAACGCCCUCAAGCGCCAAAAAGGGCAGCGAUCUGAAGGUGUCGCCGCUUAAAUGGAAGUACGUUCCAGAGGAUACAAAGAGUCUGGUAAAUCCAGGCUAUUGCUGGCGCGUGGAUGUGAAUGGCGCCAACUCGGAGCUGACUGGCGGUCCAUUGGGCGAUCAGAUCUUUAAAUUGGAACAGUUCCAUUGUCACUGGGGCUGCACAGACUCCAAGGGCUCGGAGCAUACGGUCGAUGGUGUCUCAUAUGCCGGCGAACUGCAUCUGGUGCACUGGAACACCACCAAGUACAAGUCAUUUGGCGAGGCAGCCGCCGCGCCAGAUGGUCUGGCAGUGUUGGGAGUUUUCCUGCAGCCGGGCGAUCAUCAUGCUGAGCUGGACAAGGUCAGCAGCCUGUUGCAGUUUGUGCUGCACAAGGGCGAUCGCGUUACCCUGCCACAGGGCUGUGAUCCUGGCCAGCUGUUGCCCAAUGUGCACACCUACUGGACGUAUGAGGGUUCGUUGACAACGCCGCCUUGCUCCGAAUGUGUCAUUUGGAUUGUAUUCAAGACGCCCAUACAAGUUUCCGACGAUCAACUGAAUGCCAUGCGCAAUCUCAAUGCCUACGAUGUCAAGGAGGAAUGUCCCUGCAAUGAAUUCAAUGGCAAGGUCAUCAACAAUUUCCGCCCGCCACUGCCGCUGGGCAAGCGCGAGCUGCGCGAAAUUGGCGGACACUGAGAAGGCGUCGUUGGAUUGGUCACACGGUCAAAGUCAUUGGAUAAAUCGAGUCGUAUGCUUAGCUAUAUAUAUUUAUAUAUAUAUUCAUAUACACCGCCUGCACCGUAGUAGCGAAUCGGUUGAGCUGCUCUGACCCGCCACCAACAAACACCCCGUUCCCGUCUCCUACCAUAUCAUAUCCCCAGAGCAGCUGAUGCCCAUUGUUAAUGUCUCGUUUUAGUUUUUAUUACUUUAUAUAGCAAACACUUGUACCUCUUUAUAUAUGUAUUUGCUUGUCUAACUGUGUAUUUGUAUCUUGUAUCUUGUUACUGUACGAGUGCUUUGUACGUUUGUUUGUUAAACAUUUGCUAAAUGACAAUUAGAUUAAUGUGUAUUACACUUUACGGUAUUAAAAAAUAAAUAUAUUACUAUUAGAUGUUGCAUAUUGA